ACAGAUACGUAUACUUUAGAGAGAGAGAGGGGCGCCUGGAAAGUGAGAGAGAGAGAGAGAGAGAGAGAGAGAGAGAGAGAGAGAUAGUUAAGAGAGAGAGAGGGGCACCUGGAAAGUAAGAUUCGUAGGUGUAAUUUUUCAAAUGACCACCAGUGGAGAGGAGAGAGAAUAAGCUCGGUCUUUAGAGAGAGAGUCAACUGGUUCUCAAGAGAGAGGAAGGUGUGUCUUUAGGAAGAGAGAGAGAGAGCUUGGUACAAAUGGAGAAGACCGAAUAAACUGGGUAGUUAGAGAGGAGAGAGAGAGAGUAAACCUGCGUUUUGGUUUUUAGAGAUAGAAAAUAAACUGAGGCUUCGGGCGAUCCAGAUACGAGUAUAAAGGCAAAUGCAGACAACUGCAACUGUGGAAAGUGGAAACAAACUGGAGCUUCUAGGUUGAAAAUGACAACGAAAAUGGCGGAUUUGGACUGCUGAAUUUUGGAUCUCUAUCCGGUUUCAUGCUCAACAUUUUUACGGAAGCGCGAUUAAAGAAGGUAGGAAUCUCCAUGAGUGUGGAGUACAAACCAGCAUUCAGUAUAGAUCGGUGAGAAAUGGUCUCCUUUUCAGCUCCAUAGAAGUUCCAUGGCUUCUAUGAGAACUCAUGGUUUUGAAAGGUGAGCAUUGACCACAGCUUAUUUUUCACUCACUAGAGAAAUGUGGUGUUUCUCUCUCUAGAAAACAAGGGCUGUGCUCUGAUGAAUUUCGCCAUGCCUUCUGUUUAAUCGACAGAAAAACGACCUUGGGAUCCUCCGUUUUAUUAGAAUGCACGGUCUCGAUGUCUGGUCUCAUCUGCUAUAGAUAUUGUUGGUUAAACUCUGAUGAAUUUGUCCGAGUUAAGAAAUAUUAGCAACAAAAUGUUUUUGGGUUCUCACUUUUUCUGAUUAUUAUUAAGAAAACGAAGGCGAGAUAAUCAAAUUUGAAGCUGGGAAAAUUUACUGCAAAUUCAAGAUUUUGCUCUUGUCAAGUCUCAGCAGUUUACUGAUAAAUUUUGAACAUUAUAGUGAUGAAAGGGUCAGGAAUUUUGAAGUUUAUGCUGAAAUUCAAGUGGAGUUAGCCGAAGUUGUUAUUAUUUAGGGGCGUAGAAUUAGCAAGUAAGGUUGCAGCUUUUUGUUGUUUGGUUAAAAGAUUGCUGCUCAUGAAUAUUUGUAUAUUUAUCUGGAAUUAGUGCUAGAGUUAGCUGGUAUAGUCAUAGGCAUAGCCAUGAAUCUGCAGAAAAUGGGGUUUAAGUAUUUCUGAAUAUAUAGCCAGUGACAAUGUCGGGAAUGGAUUCAGAUGAAGUUAGGUCACUGGGAUUGACCCCAACAUGGUCAGUUGCCGCUGUUUUGACAGUCUUUGUUGCAGUUUCCCUUGUUGUCGAGCGCUUAAUUCACCGUCUAAGCUCUUGGUUGAAGAAAACCAAUAGAAAUCCAUUGUUUGAAGCGUUGGAGAAAAUGAAAGAAGAACUGAUGUUGCUGGGUUUUGUAUCCCUUCUUCUUACUGCCACAUCAAGCUUAAUUUCCAACAUUUGUAUCGAAUCAAAAUUCUAUAAUGGCAGAUUUGCUCCUUGUACCAGGUCUGAGAUUGAUGAUGGUGCCUCUGCUAAAAAUAGUACACUUCAAGAGCGGAGAUUGAUGGGCUACCUUCUCAAUCACGCAUCUAGGAGGACAUUGGGUGCCAUAAAUCAUAACACAUGCAAGGAGGGUCAUGAGCCGUUUGUCUCAUUUGAAGGUUUGGAGCAGCUUCAUCGCUUCAUUUUUAUCAUGGCAAUAACUCAUGUAUUCUAUAGUUGCUUAACCAUGCUUCUGGCUGUUGUAAAGAUCCAUACUUGGAGGAAGUGGGAAGAUGAGGCUCAAAUGGCCCAUCAUGAUUCAUUAACAGAAAUCACUAGAGCAUUGACAAUGCGAAGGCAAUCAACAUUUGUAAAAUUUCGCACAUCAAGUUCUUGGAGCCAAAAUAGAUUUAUUAUAUGGGUGACUUGCUUUUUCCGGCAGUUUGGUCAUUCUGUGGUUCGGGCCGACUACCUCACACUUCGCAUGGGCUUCAUCUCGAAUCACAAACUCAUGGCAAAUUAUGAUUUUCAUAGCUAUAUGAUUCGUUCCAUGGAAGAAGAAUUUCAAGUAAUAGUUGGUGUUAGUGCGCCUCUAUGGGGAUUUGUUGUUGCUUUUUUGUUAUUUAACAUAAAUGGCUCUAAUCUUUACUUUUGGAUAGCCAUCAUCCCAAUUACUCUAGUUCUGUUGGUAGGAGCAAAGUUACAGCAUGUCAUUGCAACCCUAGCCCUAGAAAAUGCAGGUAUAACGGGUUCCUUUAGAGCAACAAAUCUGAGGCCUCGGGAUGAUCUUUUCUGGUUUAGGAAACCUGAAUUCCUCCUUUCUUUCAUUCAUUUUGUUCUUUUUCAGAAUGCUUUCGAGUUGGCUUCCUUUUUCUGGUUUUGGUGGCAGUUUGGGUACGAUUCCUGUUUCAUCCAGAACCACUUGCUUGUGUAUGUACGCCUCGUUCUGGGCUUUGCUGGUCAGUUUUUAUGCAGCUACAGUACCUUGCCACUCUAUGCAUUGGUGACUCAGAUGGGUACCAACUACAAAGCAGCAUUGAUUCCAAGGAGGAUACGAGAAACAAUUCAUGGAUGGAAAAAAGCAGCGAGGAAGAAACGUCGACAAGGUUUCAUAACAGAUGACUCGACAGUGCGCACAGAUACGAGCACGAUACAUUCGAGUGAAGAUGAGCAAGAUCCACCAAAAGAAGAACACAAAAACAAUGGAGUCAUUGAAGAAGUGGAGCUACAACCGGGUUCAAAUGUGCCCAUUGCUGCUAAUGAGGACUCAAACUCAAGCAAUGCUCCACUUCUUAGAAACUCAAGUUUGGUGGUUCCUCUCACUUCAACAGAGGGCCAUAGAAUGAACAUACAGAGAUCAAUGUCUAUGCCAGUACGGCGAGAGUAAGAAGGUAUCUUGCACAUAUUCUUGAUUUUGGGAAAAAAUUGUAUGAGAAAGAGAGUGUUGCGUGUGUUACAAUGUAUCUCUUCUUUUUUUAUGGGUUUUUUUGGAUAAAUAUGAUGUAUGCAAGAACAUGUGUAACCCUAAUUCCUCUGGUUUUAGUGGCGUAAGUAAAAUAGUUUACUAUCUCUACACAGACA